AUGGCGUCCCCGGCCGACGCGGGCACGCCCUCGUCCCAGCGCAGAGACAGCGAGCAGCCCGAGGAUGGCUCCAACAAGAAGCGCCGCACCGGGCCCAAUUCGCGUGGUGUCGCCAACCUCACGCCCGAACAGCUGGCCAGGAAGCGCGCGAAUGAUCGCGAGGCCCAGCGCGCUAUUCGCGAGCGCACGAAAAACCAGAUCGACCGCCUCAAUCAGCGCAUAAGGGACCUGGAGAACCAGCAGCCGUACCAUGACCUGCAGGUGGUGCUCAGAGAGAAGGAGGCGGUCCAGGCCGAGAAUGCGGACAUCAGGAAGAGGCUGCAUGGUGUCAUGACGCUCAUCCAGCCCAUUCUGAGGGACGCAGGCCCCGUCGCUGGUCUCAAUGAACUCGCUGCAGCCGCAGAGCGCUCGCCUCUGACCGUCCUCCCACCGCACCGCGACGCGCCCAUACAACCCCCCUCGGACCCUCGCCAGUUCCACGCGACCCUCCAAGACAUGGCCGCCGGGGGAACGCCUACGAACGGCGUCCACUCGCCCUCCGUAACAGACCCAGGCCGGCCGUGGAUGUACCCCGGCGAAGGCCCCACGAGCCACAUGCGCCGCUACUCCAACGACAACAGCCCACGCUUCGACGCCGCGCGCCCGCAGAUAACCGCGCCCGACAUGCCAUUCGACGAGCGGCUGGGCGUCGACUUCCUGCUCGACAACAACCAGGCUCGAGUCGUCGACCCAAACCUGCCUCCCCCGCAACUCCCCCAGCCGUAUAAUGUCAGCAGCGACAGCCAGGCCCAAUACGCCCCGAACCUCGUAGCCCACCUGACUCUCCCGCGCAACUCCUCCCCCACCUGUCCCCUCGACGCCAUCCUGCUCACCUUUCUGCAAGACCGGCAGACGCGCGCGGCCGAAGGCGUUCCCAUCAAGACGCUCGUCGGGCCGCUGUAUCCCAACUUCACAUCUCUCGUGUAUCCCGAGCGACAGGUCGAGUCCCACCCGCUGUCCCAGCUCUUCACCGAGAUACUGCGCACGUUCCCAGAUAUAUGCGGGAAGCCCGAGCAGGUUGCCAUCGUCUUCAUCAUGUACCUCGUCAUGCGCUGGCAGAUCGACCCCAGCCAGGAGAAUUACGAUAGGCUGCCGCACUGGGUGACGCCGCGACCGACGCAGCUGUUCGUCGGGCAUCCGUGCUGGUUUGAUCAUUUGCCGUGGCCCCGCCUCCGCGACCGCCUCUGCCUCACAAAACCCUUCGUCUCUUUCCAAAACUUCUUCAUCCCCUUCACCACCACCGUCUCCCUCAACUGGCCCUACGAACCCCAAGACGUCCUGCUCCCCGCAUCAAAAGUCAACACCUCAGCCCUCUCCGUCACUUCCUCGUCCUUCUCCGCGCCCUCGACCCACGUGCACCCCGGCUCGCCGCAAGACCCCGCCACCCCGCAACCUCCCCUCGGCCCGUUACCCAAGGAAGAGGACCAGUGGCUUAUUAACCCGGCGUUUGAGAGCCACCUGAGGGAUUUGGGGAACUGGACGCUUGGACCGAGUUUUAGGGGGACUUUCCCGCAGUUUGCGGAUUGUGUCAAAAUUAAGGAGGGCAGAUGA